CUCUACCUUCUUUUUUCUCUCUUCCCUUUUGUUUCUCUCUUCGUCUUGUUACGUUUUGUUCCAACGGGUGGAAAUACCGUCGCGACAAGUGUUCCCGUCGUUGACGUAGCAUGAGCAGUUUCGUAUCGCAGGUUAAAAAGUAAAGGUAACAGAAAGAAGAAAAAAAAGUGCUUCGUUUAACCAACAAGGACGUCGUCAGCUGUGUGCGCUUUUACGAGGGGGACGGUGUGCGAGAGAGAACCCACUGCUGAGAGACAGAGAAAUGGCGGCGCUGGUGGCAGGUGUCCAGUAUGGGUUGUCGUCGCACAGUAAUUUUCACGAAAACAAGUCCCUGAUCUUCGUGAAGCUCACCGACUCGGCGCAACGUGCCAUCGACGACUUCGUCAAGAAUCGGAACAAAACCAGCCAGAACCCUACUAUACAGUUCCUAGGAAACGAAGGGCAACUCUCCUUUCCAUCCACGCAAUCCAGCCAUGGAUCGGCGGGCUUCACAUUCAGCCUUUCCGGCAACCAGGACAUCGAGGGUCCUCAGGGUGGCUUCGAGUGCAUCCAACAGACCGGCCCCAAGAGCCUGGAGAGCCUUGGCGCAUUGCCGUGUAAAAUGCGGAUACAGGCGAACGACGACGUGUACGAGACAACCAGGCAUCGUAUGGCCGUCGCCGAGGAGAAUAACAAGAACAAAUGCACCAGGGUGAUCAAGGCAAACGGACCGGACAUCGGUCGCAAGGUGAAGGUGAAAGCGUCCGGAAGGCCCAUACCGUCUCCAUCGAACUCGAGGCAUCGGGAAUCGACGAGCAUUCCAUCAUUCGGCAGCCAGCCCAGACUGUCGUCUUCCUCCUACAAGCCAGCCGCUAGUAGUAAUCCACCGCCAGCCCGGAAUCCACCGGAGAAAAAGGUCUCCGACGUCAUGCGCAGGCCAUUGAAGGAGAGGCUUAUUCAUCUCCUUGCUUUGAGGCCGUACAAAAAACCUGAACUGUACGAUCGCAUAAACAGAGAGGGUAUAAAGGAACGAGAACGCAGCAUCAUGACGACGAUUCUGAAGCAGGUGGCGUUCAUGAGGGACAACACGUACCAUUUGCACAGGUAUGUGUGGAACGAUGUACAGGAAGACUGGCCUUACUACACCGAACAGGAGAAGGCGAUGCUGAAGAGGAGGAAACCUCAGAAUCUAACUCCUCCUGGUUCCAGUGAUGGUGGAUCCAGCGGUAGCGGUCAGUCGCCCAAUUCCACUCACCCAGGUUCACCUCCGGCGAUCACCGCACCGCCUCCAUCUCUCGGCGCGAAACGGCCUGGCUACUACCAGGGUAACGACGGGUUGCCGACGAAGAAGCAGCGUGUGUCGCACUGCAAGAAGCCGGAGCCGAGUUCCACGAGCACCGGGGAGAACGGAAGGACGGCUGGUGGUGGUAGUAGUAACAGUGUUAGUGGAGCUCCCGGCGGUGGUGGAGCCGGUGGUGGUAGUAGUGCUAGUGGCAGUGCUGGUGGUGGUGGCAGUAUCGGUGUCGUUCACGGUUGGGACCAGAGGCAGCAUCAGCGUGAUCGACGUGGCGAUUACCGGCCGGAAAGAACAGCGAACAGUGAUGUGCUACGUGGUGGUGGUGGUGGUGGUGGUGGUAGCAGUGGAUACGGUGGCGGAGGCGGCGGUGGUAAACCGUGCAUGACGCCGACCAGUGACAGUGAAGAGAACAGCCGGAUCGGUCACCAUCGUGGUGACGCCGUCAUCGCGAGCGCUGGGACCACCACGUCCAUCGGGGGCAACGGCAUCGGCAACGGCGGCGGCGGCAGUUCGACCACCAGCCAUAAUUCUCAUAGUAGUGUAGCUCAUAGUAGUUCGUCGAGCAGCGGCGGUCGUCAUCAUCAUGGGGCCGGUAAGACGUCAGCAAUGGCGGCGUCGACGACGACAACGACAGUCACCGCUGAUGGACACCGCGCUGCCAUCGCGGCUGUGGAUUACGUGGCGCGUUCGAGUGGUGCCGUGACUGACGGUGGUGGUAGUGCUGGUAGUUACAGUGGUAGUUCGAACGGGAUGGACAGGAGGGACAGGAGCGACAGGGGGCGAGGCGGCGACCGGGACUCGAAGAAGAGAAACACCGGAAGCUCGAGCAACUCUUACAACGACCUGGCCAGCACCGAGGACAGCACCGUUACCACGUCCACGUGCAGUCUCGAUCUGCCAGAGAGUCCUAAAUCAUCGGAGUACCCGGACUACCUCACGUACUACACGACAAUAAGCAGCUCGGAACAGAGAAAACGUUACAAGGCGGAAUUCAAUGCUGAUUACGAAGAGUAUCGAAGGUUGCACACUCAGGUAGCGAAGGUAUCGAAACGGUUUACUCACCUUCAGGAACGGUUGAAACAAGAAGAGGCCAAUGGGAACUGGGACGAAUAUCAGGAAAUAAGGCGGCAGAUUCUCUACGAGUAUAACGAAACGAAACGGGACCCUGUACAUAAGGAAACGAAACGUCGAUUCCACUAUCUGCACGAGAAACUCAGCCACAUCAAGCGGCUGGUACUCGAGUACGACACGCAGAACUGCGGCGGCAGCAUGAUGACCACGUCCAGCGCGAGCGCCGAUGGUAGCAACGAACUUAAGGAAAUGGACAGUUUGCACUACUGACACAAACUGAAAAGGCCGCCUCUUAUCCUCUACCUUAUCUCGGUUGUCGAUACGCUGCUGUCUCCGUUGUCGCAGAAUUUGCAUUUUCUCGGCAUGUUCCAAGGCUGAUCUAAACGGUCCACAUGGUUCCUGGGUUCUAUCGCCGAAUGAGAAUAAACAAACAAACAAACAAAAAAAAAGAAAGAAGAAAAUAACUGAACCAGUCAAGUACUCUGAGCCGGGGUUGCAAGAUGUUCACGACACAUCACAGGGAAGAUGAAGAAGACGAAGAAGGGGAGAAAGAAACCUUCAUGGUGUGAGUCAAACGUGCGCGUGCGCGGAGGUCGAAGAUUUCUUUGUAAUUGUGACUAACCGCGACCAGUGUGAUAUCUUCGACUUGCGCCGUCCGUGCGGUGUGUCACCGCCGUCGAGCCUACACGCUCCUCGCGCCGCACACGUUUGACCAAUGGGUUAACCACCGAUGAAGGCUUUUCACGACAAUCGGGUACGUUUGCAGAAACAAACAAAACAAAAAAAAAGAAAACAAACGAGAACGAAUUAAAGCAGAUAGAGGGAGGAAACGAAAAAAAAAAUAAAACGAGAAAGUCCAUCCGCAUAAAGAGAAAGAAAACGAGAUAAAAAAAAAAGGGCAUUCGCGAAGGCGUCAGAUGUAUUGAAAUUCGCGCGAGCCGAAAGUGUACGCGCGCACGCAGCCUGCCGUGUCGUAUGUAUAUGUGUGUGCGUGUGUGUGCGUGUGUGUGCGUUUCCACGAAGCUGUCCUCCGACGAUAAUAGGAAUAGAGAAAACGAUUAACUAGGGGGAAGAAACGCGAAGAAGGAAGGCGAAGGGAGGGGUUAAGGGGCGGGAGCAAGUAAUUGACUCUACAAAUAAGUUACUUACCGUGCGCACGUCCAAGUGUGUCGUCCAAGUUUAAGAGUACCGUAGAAUUAAAGAAGAUUAGAAGAAACAAACGAAAAAAAAAAACAGAAACAAAGAAAAAUGCGAAUGCGAGAAGAGGGUCCAAAAAAAAAAAGGUAGUACAGGCUUAUCAUGUGCCACAUGUCCGGAAGAGACUAUACUACUCUUUUUCCGCAGAAGGAAAAAAGGGAGAGACGAGCACACACAGACUGUCCACGAGCCGGCGCGUGGGGAUCCGCGCGUGGAUUCGGCCGCUCGCCGUUUUUCUUUCCUUUUAUUUCUC